AUGCAGGCUUUUCUAACUACACCAAAAUAUAACAAGUUCUACAUUUAUAAAUCCCCACAAAUCAACACCAGAGAUUUUGCAAUGCUUUCAGAUAUUAUCAUUUGGCAUAAACUUCAAGAAGAAAUUGAAAGUAAAAUCCAAGAAUAUUUGGCAGCUCCAAUUCCAAUCCAAGGUUUUUUGCAAAAUAAUCAUUCACGACCCGGCCCAUCUCAAGUCUCAAGGCCUGCCUAA